AUGUACCAGAAUCCAAAAACCUUAAGCAUACCGAAGGCACAAAGUGGUAAACCCUACAUACGCAUGUAUAUGAUUUUGAUCUCAACGCAAGAAAAUACGCCAUGUCAACUGAGAAUGUACAAAAAAGGCUUUGUUUGCGUUUGCAAUGCCACCUAUUGUGACUACUUGGACGAUCCAACACCAAAUAAUGAGAGCGAAUUCGUUGUGGUAUCAACGUCGAAGGCUGGUCUACGCUUUGAAACUACGAGUGGUCUGAUUAAUGCUUCCGAAAGUUUACGCAUUGCAGAUUAUGAUGACCGCAAUGAUACCGCUAAACACGCGUUCUGGGAUACAGUGGCAUUUGAAAAAGCAGCAACUAGAAGCGUAAAAAUAAAAGUUGACCGUGAGAAACGUUUUCAAAAUAUCACCGGCUUUGGCGGCUCAUUUACGGGCUCUGUAAGCUAUCUUCUGGAGAACUUACCACAAGAACUGCAAGAUCACUUAUACAAGUCCUUCUAUUCGCAAAGCGGCAUUGGUUUCAAUUUGAUGCGCACACCAAUCGGUGGUUGUGAUUUUGACUUGGAGCCCUGGGCGUAUAAUGAGCAGCCCGAAAACGAGACCACGCUUAGCAAUUUUACCAAAUUAGAUCCACGCGAAGAGAAACGGAUUGAGCAAAUUAAACACUUGAAGCUGAUUUCGAAUGUGGAAAAUUUGCGAAUUAAGGCUGCCGCUUGGAGUCCACCACGUUGGAUGAAAACCAACAACGCAUGGACCGGAUCGAGUCGCUUGAAAAAGGAGUACUAUCAGACAUGGGCCGAUUAUCAUUUGCGUUGGCUAGAAUUAUGGGAAGAGAAUGGCUUACCACUUUGGGCUAUAUCUACCGGUAAUGAACCAACGAAUGGCGUCUAUCUAAUGUACUUCCUUAGAUUUAUGAGUUUAGGUUGGACACCAAGGAAACAGGCGAUUUGGUUGUCUGAGAACUUUGGUCCAACAAUUCGCUCUAAAUACAAGGAUUUGCUUAUAUUUGGCGUUGAUGAUCAGCGUCAUACCUUAGCGUUUUGGAUGAAAUUUGAAGGCCGCCGUUUCGCCGUUAGUAAUUUACGAUUCAACACAAACGACACUAACAUCAAUACAAAAACUUCCUUAAACAUCAGUAGUGAAGAUCUUAAAAGUUCUGCAGUGGUUGUCGACAGUCGUCAAACGUUUGCCCAGCUUUUGAUUGAUGCAGGCGAGCGUUUCUCAUCCAGAUUUCCCUCAAAUCGUCCCCUAAAGUUGCGAGUGAAUAGGUCAGUGGAAUACCAAAAAAUUACUGGUUUUGGUGGCGCUUUCACGGGAACUGUAUCCCAUUUACUGGGAUUAUUGGAACCGAAUUUGCAGGAUCACAUUUAUAAAUCUUAUUACCAUCAGGACGGUAUUGGUUUCAAUCUACUACGUACUCCCAUUGGUGGUUGUGAUUUUGAUCUUGCACCUUGGGCUUAUAACGAAGAACCUCAAAAUGAUCCAGCACUAUCGAAUUUUACGAAAUUGGAUCCUCGUGAUGAAGUCAAGGUAGAACAAUUACAGCGAUUGAAACAAGUUUCUAGCUUAAAGAGUUUAAAAAUUAUGGCUUUGACAUGGAGUUCACCCACUUGGAUGAAAUCAAAUGGAAAAUGGACUGGUUUAGGAUUACUGAAGACCGAAUACUAUCAAGCCUGGGCUGACUACCAUUUAAGCUAA